CGCGUUGAUGGGUUUAACCCACGCGAUCCAUUUUAAGGAAACUUAAAUAAAGUCAGACAUUUAAACCGAGGGUCGGAGCAAAUGCCGAUCCAACGUGGUCCAAUGUAGUUUCUGCCCUUCUCCGAAUCCUUCUGGUUGGAAGCUUCAGACAUGGAUGAUGUUGAAGGCUACUGCCGCAUUCAUAACCUCCAAGCUUCAAAAGCUCUCGACCAUGAAAGAAGUAGAACAAGUCCAAGCUGUGAUCACCAAAGCCGGCCUCCACAACCACCCUACUCUCAUUGCAACACUCAUCAACUUCUCUUCGCUUUUCCAAUCGGGCAGCCUCACUCAUGCCCAGAUGAUUUUCGAGGAGACUAUCAUGGACAAUCCUUUUAUCUGUAACACACUGAUUAGAGCUUAUGCUAAGAGUGUUUUCCCUAUCAGAGCUAUAUAUCUCUACAAUCAAAUGCAUCGCAUGAACGUUGAGUUUGACCAUUUUACUUUCACAUUUGUGCUCAGAGCGUGUGCUAGAGUUCUGUUUUGCGUGGAAGAAGAAGUGAAGUUUGAUGGGUUUGGCAUUGGUUGUAAAGGUGCUGAAAUCCAUUGCAGGGUUUUUAAGGCUGGGUUCGAUCAUGAUCAUUUUAUUAGGAAUUCUUUGGUUUAUAUGUAUUCCCAAUGUGGGUUUUUGAGUCUUGCCCGUCGUGUGUUCGAUGAAAUGACUAAGAAGACAGUAGCUUCUUGGAACAUCAUGAUAUCAGCAUAUGAUCGGGUCAAUGACUUCAUCUCGGCAGAUUCUUUGUUAGAAGCAAUGCCUGAGAAAAACGUGGUAUCCUGGAAUACCCUGAUAGCGCGAUACAUUAAGUUUGGUGACAUUGAAGCUGCAAGGAGGGUUUUUCAAGCAAUGCCCAAGAGAGAUGCGGUUUCUUGGAAUUCAAUGAUUGCUGGCUAUGUUCGGAUUAAGGACUACACUGAAGCUUUGAAGCUCUAUGGCGAAAUGCAAACUGCUCAAGUGGAAGCAACGGAAAUAACACUGAUAUCUGUUCUGGGUGUGUGUGCAGAGACAGGGGAAUUGGAGAAAGGUAGGAAGGUUCAUGAGAUGUUGAAACAGAAAGGCUAUAAGAUUGAAGGGUAUUUGGGUAAUGCCCUUGUAGAUAUGUAUGCUAAAUGUGGGAGUAUGAGUGAGGCGUGGGAAAUAUUUAAUGAGAUGAAGAUGAAACAUGUGAGUUGUUGGAAUGCGAUGAUUAUGGGUUUGGCUGUGAAUGGUUACAGCAAAGAAGCUUUGGAGUUGUUUUCAGCCAUGGAAAUGAGGCUUGAUGAAGUCAAGCCUAACAAGAUCACGUUCAUUGGUGUUUUAACUGCUUGCAGCCAUAACGGUCUGGUGGAAGAAGGCCGCUGGUUUUUCAGCAAAAUGAUAAAGGAGUACAAGAUUACACCUGAUAUAAAGCAUUAUGGUUGCAUGGUUGAUCUUCUCAGCAGAUGGGGCUUCUUAAAUGAUGCUAAUGAGGUGAUCAAAGCUAUGCCAUUCAAAGCAAACUCUGUAUUGUGGAGAACUUUGUUGGGUGCUAGUAAAGUUUAUUGUGAUGUGGAGCUGGCCGAGGAAUCCUUCCAACAGCUUGCCAAAUUGGAGCCUCUACGGGAUGGGGAUUACGUUUUAUUAUCAAACAUUUAUGCCGAAGCUGAGAGAUGGAAUGAUGUUGAACGAGUGAGAGCCGAGAUGAUUAGUUCUGGGGUUUCAAAGAAACCUGGCUCCAGUCAUUAUUGACAUCAAAUAAUUUAAUUCCUCAAAAGUUCAUCGCCAAGUUAAUGAUUUUACUGCCAAAAAAAUUGCAUGUGAAAAUAACAGUUUGGUAAUCUUUUAUUUAUAUAUUUAUUGUACUUUAAUAUAUGAUUUGUUUGCACCAAACCUAUGUUUGGGAGCUUGGAAUUUGGACCUUUGUGUGUGUUUGAAUCAAAUGUAAUAUGAAAUUGUAUUGAUUUUUAUCCAAAUUCUUACAAAUUCAAAUUUGAGAC